AUGGCGAACAACAACGGGAGCAACUCCCCCACCGAGGGCCCUCCCCGCAAUCGCCGUGGCUCGAUCACGUCGCAGACAUUCACCUCGCUCUUUGGCCGAUCCAACAGUGUUGCGGGCGGCCCAACGGCGCCAUUCCCCAAUCCCAUCAGCACCGGUACCGUUGCUGCACAAGACCAACGUCGCCGCAUGUCCAUCACCACCCUCGGAUUAUCCGGAACCUCGCCUACACAAGCCUCGCCCUUCCCCUUUGGCGCACGGCGAGGCAGCGUCUCGACCGCGGGUUCCGAGUCCAUCGAUGAGAGUGCUAUUGAUGAUGAGGAGGGCCCCGCCAGAAGUGCUCCUACAACCCCAUUCCCCCGACGAAUGUCAUUCGGUGCGCAAGCUAUGAGGCGAGCACAACCAAACGGCAGUCCGGGUACAAAUGGUAGAGCACCCUCUUCUCUUCCCACAAUCCCCUCUGCGCCCCGACGCUCGCCGUCGGGGCCGGGAUCUGGGGCUGGAGGUUCGAUUCCUCCUCCCAAACCCCAGAAUCAAGCACAGGCAAGCAUGCAAUCAAAAACAAGAACACCAUCUGACUAUUCCGUUUCUGCUCGUGCAGGUGAAGGUGGAGGCUUCAACUGGUCCGAGCAACUUAGAUCUCGAGCUGAGAGCUCCGUCUCGCAAUCCCACCGUCCCAACUUCUCUACCUCUCCCCCUGCUGCUGCAAAGCAGAUAUCGUCUCAUGACCGCCAGAAGAGUGUAGGCGACAUGGCAACCCCUCCGUCGGCCAUUCCUGCCCCUGUUCGCACCCCUCCAAAGCCGGCUAGAAAGCAGCCAGACGCCUUCCAAGAGCGCAUCCUCAAAGGAGACUUUUACAUGGAUUAG